GCAUUACCAACACGGUAUUUUCAGUUCAUAUCAGUUUGAAUGACAUGUCGACAGUCUAGUCGGUAGUGCUGCAUUAUAUUUUUGUCUACCUAUUGCAGUAUUGGCUUGUUGGCGAUUUCGUGCGACCCAGGCAAUACCAGCCCAGCAUUGCCAUUAGAGUGACAGUAUUGUCCUGCUUUGAGUUGCUAAUGUCUGUGUAGCUAGAACUUCUUCCAAUUUUGGUUCGGUACAUUGCAUAUUGGUCAGCAUGCUAUCGUUGAACGAUAAAGGUACUCGGCACAUGCUGUCGUGCUGCUCAUUAUACUCGGAGGGUUGUAUCCGACAAGUAACAACCUCGUCUCACUCGCCCAAUGAUCGUUCAUCAAUGGCCAGCGUAAUGACGGACGGCCCGAGGCCUGUUGAAAGCUCACCCGCUUCAGCCUCAGGCUUGACGUGUAUCCUAUGCGACAUUCGCUUUGCAUCCCGUAACGCUCAGGUGGAGCAUGCACGCCUGGACUGGCACCGAUUCAACUUGCGCCAGCAGUUGGCUGGCCGGCCCGCAGUGACGGAAGACGUUUUUGAUGAAAUCGCAUUGGGCAGUGGGGUGUCCAGUAUAUCUGGUUCCGAUUGCGAUUCUGAUGGAGAGGAUCUUGCACCACACGGCAAGAAGAAGCCGAUAUCCAAUGCCCCGGAUCAGGAUAGUGACAACGAGGAUGGUGCGCAGUCCGUUACUAGUAGGGCCGGCAAUAAGGUCUUCCUGGAGGCUGGCGGUUCUGUGUAUUCCAUCCACAGGGUUCUGGUCAAUCCUUCCAAGGUAUCAUACGAUAAUGAUCAGCUAAAGCAGCAAGUGGACAGGCUCCUAGCCAAGCCCAUGUACACUGUGAUCAUCAUGCUCUCUGCUGGUCACUUUGCCGGCGCUGUCUUCAAUGGGUCCACCGUUGUAGUACACAAAACGUUCCAUCGCUAUGUCGUGCGUGCCAAGCGUGGCACGGCGCAGAGCGUGCACGAUUCGCAAGGCCACCAUGCCAAGUCUGCAGGUGCUAACAUCCGUCGGCACAAUGAAGCGGCGCUGAAAUUGGAAGUGGCCGCGCUCUUCCAGCAGUGGUCGGAGCACAUCGCCGCCGCGUCGCUGAUCUUCCUGCGCGUGCCUCUCUACCAGCGUCCCGUGUUCUUCGCCGGGCGCACGCCGCUGUUGGAGAAAGGCUCUCCUCGCAUUCGCACCAUCCCGUUCCCGACGCGCCGGCCAACGUUCAGGGAGGUUCAGCGCGUCCACACUAAUCUGUUCACGCUCACACCGCACGGUCUUGUCUCGGACUUCCAGGACAGCCUUGCCACGCCACCCACGGUACGCUCCCAGAGCGUUUUCGCCAAAGACAAGGACAAGCGAUCGCCAUCGCCCGGAUCGGCUGCCGGUUCUAGAACCCCGCCGUCCUCGUCACCGCAGGCGAGUCUGACCCGCCGAGAGCGUCAUCGCAUGGAGAAUCCGCGCUACCAGCAGCUGCCGUCGGACAUGGACGUGUUCAAGAGCGACACGACCGCGACAAACUCCACCCUGGACGACCCUACAACGUCUUCCACCGUGGAAGACACCAUUCAAAAUAGCGGCGAUGACAUUCCAGAGCUGUCCACCACCGAAGAAACCAUCGAUCUUGCCGACCGCCUGCAGGAGCUGGUGGUUGACUUUGGCAACGGACGGCCACCUAUUGGUGGCAGCUUGUCUUUUGCCGAUGGGCAUUCGGCGUCAAGGAAGAAACAGCGUGGAGGGGGCAAGAACAAGAAGUCAAGUCGCGAGGCAUCGGACAGUGACAAGCAAGCUCAGCAUGUUGUCGUUGACGAGUUCGUUGUGUUCGGUGACCAGCUGCUGACGGCCUGCCGUACUGGAAACGUGCCCGUGCUCAAGUCUCUGUUGAUGCAGUGUACGAUGACACAGCGCACUGCCACCGCUGUGGCCACCGCAUCACACGCAAGCUGCACGAGUAACAGCGAAGUUUCUCAUGAUGCUAGCCAUGGCCAGGAGGAGCAACGGCACUGCACCGCUGAUACUGAGCCGGGCGCUGGCCAGAGCUCAGCGUCGGCGGACGCGGCGGCAUUGUCUGGUGAUUGCAGCGGCUCUUCAAUUAACCCUAGCCCGUCGGAUGCUCCGGCUGUCGCCGAAGCGCACGUUUCCAAUACCGGUGCCAGCAAUGCAGAUCAGUGCUUGCUUGUAGAUCAAGAUGACAAUGGCACUGCUGCACCCGCUGCUGCAUCGCCGGCCCUGGCACGCUCUUGCUCACAGCCGCCGGUGGUGGUGGACUUUGACGUCGACACCGUCCUCAGCUCGGCCCACACUCAGCAGCUGCUUAACUCCGCCGUGGGCGCAGCGGAGCGACGCCUCCUGGUGGUGGCGUCAGAAUCAGCCCAGGCGAGUGUUGUUCAGCUACUGCUCGAGUGUGGUUCUGAUCCUGGAUCCAAAGGGAAGCGCGAGAGCAAGGCGUACGCAGCGGCACAGGACAAGACCGUUCGCGACACGUUCCGGCGGUUUCGGGGACAGCACCCGGAUCGCUACGACUAUCAGGCCGCUGGGGUUGAUGCGCCAUUGACGGACGAUGUGGAAGCGGAUCGUGAAAGGAAGAAGGCCGAGAAGAGAAAGCAGCAGCGACAGACGCGGCAGAAGAAAGAAAAGGAGAAGAAGGCCGAGGCAAAGCGCUUGGAAGAGGAGCAGCAGAAGCGACAGGAAGAGGAGAAGGAGAAGCGCUGGUACGCAGCUCUUAGUGACAGAGAAAAGAGAGCACUGGCCGCCGAGCGUCGUCUUCAAGCGCAGCAGCUGUCCAAUAGCAAUUGCUGUGGACUGUGUGGGCGCAGCCUGGAAGGUGUGACGCCAUUUUCCAAGUACGACAUGAAGUACUGCUCCAUGGAUUGUCUCAAAUCCCAUCAGGCCAAAAUGGCUGCAGCUAGGUGAAGCAAGAGACGGACUACAGUGUUAGUACUUUGCCCCGGCUUGUUGAGAAAGGUCUAGAAAGUUCUUGAUUGUUCGUCUAGAAAGUUCUUGAUUGUUCGUCUAGAAAGUUCUUGAUUGUUCGUCUAGAAAGUUCUUGAUUGUUCCAGUCCUCUUGUUGGAGAGUUGGUCUUGGAUUUCGUCUUUAGAUUCUGUUUGUUUGUUUGUCCGUCCACCUCUGUGGAACUCAUGCUCUGAAAGCUUGAUCACAUGAAAUUCAUGGUUCGUACAAAAACACAGAGAAAAAUGUCAAGGCCCUUCCAAGGCCCAUUUUCCCAUCAUUUUUCACUCAUCCCCCCCCCCCGCACACAACACGAUCAUCACCAUACGUUAGUCUGACCUCACCAUAUAUAUAUAUAUUUAGAUAGAAAUAUAAUACAUGGCCGACCAGUGGCCAUUAUGAUCAUUAUGAUCUCUCUCGAGUCUGCAGGGGUACGGAGCGAUGGCGUACGUGGCAAUGUAAUUGGCCUUCCGCUCGCCGCAGCGAAACUUCUUUGCGAUGGCCGAGUCCGGAAACAUCUCUGCAAACAAGGCGCUCAUUCCUUGCGAACUUCGGAACGAGAAGUUUUUGGCAAUGACAGUCAGAGCCCAGAGGACCUCAGCUUUCAGCGUCUCCCUAGUGCUGACGAAUUGCACCAACGUUGAACUUGGAGCAGCUGAUGCUGCAGCAGCUGCAGUAGACGACGGCGACGACGGCUGCUGGGGCAGGAACGAUCUCGUGCCAACUGAUGAGCUGGCGCAGGAACGCAUCUCACGAUGUUUUUUCCCGUCAGCAUGGCUGCUAAGGGCAGCAUCGCCCAUGGCAGCGACUGAGAAAGUGGUUCUGCACAGCUUACACCGAGCACGGUGUUUAUCCAAAUCGCCAGCCAGCCAUGACUGGUACUUCUGCUCCUCGAGCCACUUCGCUUGAAACGAGCACUUGCCCAUUUUCUUGAUUUCACAGGAAACAAAACAAAAGUGAUUGAUGGACGCCCGAGUCGACCAAAAGCUGUUUUCAAUGUUCGACAAGCGCAGCGUAAACUGAAAAAAGUAACCGUUUUUAGAAGGCUAAGGCCGCGGUCACACACAGCUACGGCGGAGGUGGAAGUCCCGCCAAAGACAUGUGUGACCGCGGUCUGAGGUGUCAUUUUUGAACAAAAACCGUUUUUCAAUGCUUUUCAAGGCCUUUCAGCGCUUUUUUCCAAAAUUCAAGAACUAUUCAAGGGCCUUGAAGGAUUUUUCAAAAUUCAAGCACUUUUAAGGCUUUCAAGGCCCUGUGCGAACCAUGGUCAAAUUAUUCAGUUUCAUCCGUUGUGCUUGUGCUAUUUUCCGGGUUUUCAGUAUUAUUUCCUAUACUUUUUUUUAUUCCAUCAUAAUUUCAUACGCUAUUUUAAGGUGAUUAAAAAUAAGGUGCUUGAUUUAGUUUUGCUAGCAUCUAUAUUAUUAUUAGUCUUCGAGUUCUGUGUAACUUAUUAUUAUUAUAGAGAACAUAUUUUUUCUGCGCUUUUACCAUUUCCGUUACAGAUUUAGUUCAUUUGCAGAAUGUUCUAAUUACUGUAAAAGCCAUAAUUAUAUAAUAACGAAGUGCCAACUCUAACGAGUUAAUGAGGAGAAAUCUGUCGUUAAAAUAGAAAUCGUUAUACUGAAAUCGA